AUGGGUAAAUCUCAACCAUUUGUGCUCCUGAAGCCUUCAAACUUGGUAUUGAAGUCAUCAGGGAUGCACCAUGCAGGGUCUGUGGCGAGUACUAUGGCAACUCGAGAAUCAAGUUCGCCAAUGCUCCGGGUGAACCUCAGAAAGUUCCCUGGCUUCAUAGGGCACUGCAGUAGCAGGAUAAACCGCCUAACUAACGAAGACAGCUACUCAAUCAAUAUGCUUAAGAUGCCAACAGUUGGCAGCGAGAUGAACUGCCUCUGGAAUAAAGGAAUAAAGGAUAAGGAAGUGCACUGGGCGACGAAGUUACCACUGAACAAAUCGAUUUUAAACCUGUCUGUGUUUGAUGGGCAUGGCGGGGACCAAAUUUCGAAGCUUCUUGCUAGCGAACUCCACAACGAACUUGCGGCUACUUUUCCUUCCCGCGAGGCAUUCUUUGAACUACUAAAACAGUAUAAUGAUGUGAUAGGUGGCAAAUACUGGGGCAAGAUUUACGACCGAAAGGAGCAGUAUUUCAAAAAGUUCAUUGCAACUUGCAACACUAAGCAGGAACAAGUCCUGUUUGAUGAUAAAUCAGGAUCUCGGAUGAUUUUCGACCAGUGGGGCAACAUUAUAGACAAAACAAGCCUUUUGACUGAGAACGAGCGAUUGAGAAUUUUCCUGUCCUACAUGCGGUUUGAUUUGAAACGGUGCUGCGCGCCUGCAAGUACAGAAGGAGCUCAACGAGACGAGAACGUUAUCACAGGCGGUUCAACAGCUUCUAGUAUCUUCUUGACACCUUACGACGAACCGAAUUCAAUAGGAGACACCUUUUUCAUAAACUCAGAAGGUCUUCUUAAGCUUGUUGUCACACAAGUUGGUGACACUAAAAUUGUACUGUGUGACAAAAAUGGAAUUGCGCACAGUUUGACAAAAAUGCACCACCCCUCUUCAUCGCGUGAAUCAAGGCGACUGAGGACCAGCUUUCAAACUGAUUCAUUUGGUGAGACAAGAUUCUUGAAUAAUUUUGCCAAUACUAGAUCGUUUGGAGACUUUGUGGGUAAACAAGAAGGUCUUUCGUGCGAGCCUGAUAUUUACUCCUACUUAAUUGGCAACACGCAGUAUUUGCCUCAUUCCGAGAGAAGCAAACUACAGUUUGGUGGCGAUGAGUGUUUCGUGUGUCUGAUUACGGACGGGGUUUCUGACCUUAUGAGCGACCAAGAGCUUGUUGACCUUAUUACUUCCACCGUGAAUAUGCGUGGCCUGAAGGUUGCUUCACCUCAAUAUGUGAGUGAGGAAGUAAUAAGAUUUAUAGCAGCAAUUGGCGGGAAACAUUCCGAUAAUGCGACGUGCCUUGUGUUAAGGCUGCCCAAUUGGGGAAACUGGCCCACCGUCGAUCGCACAGGUGCGAUACGCGAAGAAAAGCUUAUGAGCGGGUCUUCAGGAAGUGAAAGAUCCAAUGUGUAA